UGAGCGUAAGCCAUGACCUCGCAGCAGUCACCGCCGCCGCCGGCGGCGAAGUCACAGCGACCACCCGCUCCCACCACCGUAACCGCUCUCGACGAUGAUCUCCUCCGCGAGAUCUUCCUCCGCCUCCCCUCCCUACCGACCCUUGUCUGUGCGGCCCUCAGCUGCCGCACCUUUUUCCACGCCGUCCGGUCGUCCCCCGCCUUCCGCCGCAGCUUCCGGGAGGCCCGUCCACCACCUCUCCUCGGCCUCUUCUUCGACCCCGACGGCCCCUCCAUCCCCGCCUUCGCACCCCUCCGCCGCCGCUCCGACCCUGACCUCGCCGCCGUCGUCCGCGGCGCCGAUUUCUUCCUCACCCGCCUCCCCGACGACGACGACGACGACGACGACGCCUUACCGGAGUGGGUCAUACAAGACUGCCGCGACGGCUACGUCCUCCUCGAACACGGAAGCCUGGAGCAGUACGCCGUCUACAACCCCCUCACACGGGCCCUGGAUCUCAUCCCCCAGCCGCCCGACGAGAUCUUCGACGACGGGCACGGCGUCGCCUCCUCUCUUGGGUGCUACAUCCUCUCCUCCGAAGAGGGCGGCGAAGCGCUGCGCCUGGUCUACACCUGUUACGAUGAGUCGCGGGCGCGUGCCGCCGUCUUCUCAUCAGAAAGCAGGGAGUGGCAGAUGCUCCCGUGGUCCGAGCCUGUGACGCCACUGCCUGAGGACGAACACUGGCUUCAACUUGGCACAAUGGUGAAUGGGUUCGUCUACUGGAUACACAAAAAUCUAGCCUACAUUCUCGUGCUGAACACCGCGACACUGCAAUUCUCCCAGGUGGAUGUGCCGCGAGUUUUGGUGGGUCAUGAUUUAAUGUUUAAGGUUGGCGAGACCAAGGAUGGAAAGCCUUGCAUUGUCUGCCCAGUUGAUUUUCAUCUUUUUGUCUGGGUCUGGCGAGCCGGUCAUGAUGGAAUUGAGAAAUGGAAAUUCCACAAGAGGAUUCCGUUGGAGACGAUUGUCGAGGUCACCGACGGUACACUUGACGAGCAUUCUGAACUGAAGGUUUUGGCCAUUAUUGGUGGAUUUGUGUACUUCUGUACCAUGGAUAUGUUGGUUGACGCAAAUGAUCCUUGUUGGUUCCUGUCUCUAUGCAUGGAGACAGGAGAGCUGGGCACGCUCUUUCGGAGGAGAUUCGACGGCCAUGUCCACCCCUACAUCAUGGCAUGGCCUCCUUCUUUGAUAGACAACAAGGUGAACCCUCAACUUGAAGGUGCUUGACAAAAUGCGGACAAGGUAUCCUGACAUUUCCUUCGUUUGGCCACUAGAUGGUAUUGUAGUAAUGAUAUGUUCGAGGUGACGAUAAAAAAAAGGUUGUUUUUGUUUGUGACACGGGUAAAUUGGAGUAUCUAUAUUUUGUAGCAUUCGCCAAAUGCUUGCUUAUGUUUUUAUUUUUCAUUUGAUACUUAUUUUCUUUAUCAUGCCCAAGGUCCAGCAGUACUAAGUUUAGUAGUAGCGCAGGCUCGGCAAUAUGCCGAUUUAUUUGUUUGCAAAUGUUAAAGUCCCUUCACUUUCCACUGUGCCAUUCAGCACAAGUCUAUGGCUCUAUAUGACUGCCUGCAUUUUUGAACA